AACAAAAAAAAAAGGAAAUUACAGAACGUGAUGGUGCAAAGUGGGAGAAAGGCAGUACAGCACUGGAUUACCAUACACCUGAUGUGUGAGUGUGUGGUGCAUCACCACCUGAGCUGAGCAGAGAAGGAAGGAGACAUUUAAGGAGCAGGUGAGGAGGGUGGAGUUGAGACAACACUGACGGUGGAUCGUGGGCAAACAGAGAGCAGCACAUUGAUCCCCUGAGCCUGACAUUGCCUGAGAAACACAAGACAAUGAAGAGCUGAACAGCACACUGCUGAACCUUCACUCUACAUUCAGCUGGGACUGGGAGGAUGUGUGAAAAGUGCCUGAUUUCAUAAAGAAGGGAAACAUGAGCCAGUAAUAAACAGGACCUGGCAUUUUCUUUGAAGAAGAAGAAGAAGAAAUUGAAGCUCAGAAUGUCGUUAUCAGAAGCAGACUACCGCUGCGACCAUGGAGAUACCAUCUGUGAGAUCCGUGUUUAUGAGCAGGAGGUGAUCAUUGUGCCCGUCCUGCUGCUGGCCAGCUUCCUGGUCACUCUGGUCUUCAUUUUGCUGUUGCGUUUCUGUCCGGAGAAAGUCGACCGGAUCCGUCCACAGUCGUCCAAGUCGACCACCAGGAGAAUACUGCAUGGUAUAGAUGCUCCACCAGGUAUCAAUGUCCUGGAGCAUGAAAGCAUCGCUUUGGACAUGUCCAACUCCUACUCCACCUUCAGUCCCCCGACCACCUACACCUCGAAGAGCCUCUCCAUGUCUAUGAGGUCAUCCACUCUCCCGCCUGAGCCCUCACUGCAGCCCUUUAAGGCCAGUUUCACUCCCGUGGCCCAGCCCAGGGAGUUGCCCCGCCAGAGGCUGCCUGAGUCCUUCAACCUGGUCAGCGCGCUGCCUGCUGCCUUCAGCCUGCGCACCGACUCCUCUGUGUCCCUCUACAGGGCCCGCAUGGAAAACAGGAAUGUGGUUCUCCGGGUUCUGAAUGACACUGCUGACGCUGCAGAGAGACACAACUUCUUGGGUUUUGCAUCCUUCCUGGCUCAGCUUGGCCCUCAUCCAUUCCUGCCAGAGCUUCUAGGCGUGGUCUCCCUGCGAGCUCCUCUGGUCACCGUGGUGGAGGAGCUGGAGAACAGAGACCUGCUCAGCUUCCUGUGGAAAUGCAGACAGGAAAAUGUGGAUGCUCUGUGUGAAAUGACUGAGAGAAGAAUAUUUACAAUGGCCAAACAGGUGGCCUCAGCACUGGAGUUCCUUCACAGCAAAGAUCUUCUCCAUGGAAACAUUCGCGCCCGCAGCGUUCUGGUCAGCAGGGAGUUCACGGCCAAGCUUUGGGGUCUGCAUGGAGUCUACACGAGGAAGAACCAGGGACCCGGUCACAGAGAGGAUCCCAGCAUGAAGAAGUGGCAGGCACCAGAGGUUCUAGUCAGGAAGCCUGCCAGUAACAGCAGUGACAUCUGGUCAUUUGGCAUCUUACUGUUUGAGAUGGCAACACUGGGUGAGGCUCCAUUUUCAGAAAUCCCCGUUAGUGAACUUCUACAAUUUCAUCAAAGAGGAAAAAGUCUGAAGAAACCUUCCAACUGCUCAAACACACUGCACUCCAUCAUCAAAAGCUGCUGCCAGUGGAAGGAUCAGGAUCGACCCUCGCUGGCCGACGUGAGCAAGAAACUGGCGUCAGGAGAGAAAGUUGCUUCUGACAAAGUCCUCAAGGUGCCUGGAACAGUGAACAUCGAGCACUACCUGCAGGAAGCAGGAUAUGGGGAAGCCAACAACUACACAGUUUUCUGAUCACUGCCUGUAACAGGAAAACACGUUUCAAAAAAACACUUGCACUACCCUCAAAUGCCCCAGUGGUGCACUUUGAUGACACGCAUCACAAUGUGCAAUGUGCCGUUUACAAGUGCGUUAGACACUGAUGUUGUGCCUUUAUUUUCUUGUGUAUUCUUCAUCUACUUCUACUUCAUUUAGGUUCAAAAAUGAGAAACUUUUAUGUUAAAUAAUUAACACGCAUAUGGUAAAUAAUUGAUUUACAUUUGGGAAGCAUUUGUUGUAAUUUAAAUGAGGUCAUUUGUUGGGAAAAUACACCACAUUCAUUUGUAGUCGUAGACUUUUUAAGAUCCGUAGACUUGACACGUGUACAGCUGCUGCAUUCUGGACUUGUAGCGGACUCUGCUAAUAUAUGAUGGUUUACAAAUGUUUACAACCUGGUGCCAGUGUAUAUUGAAAAGGAUUUUGUUAUAUAUUUAUAAUCUAUUUUUACACUCCAUGUUUUCUCUACAGCUAUUUACAUUGGAAUAAACCAUUUCCUUCCCCAA